AUGGUGCUCGUGUGGGCCUUCUCAGCCCUCUACUCCUGUCCUCGACUUCUUUAUUUCGAGGUGGCAGAGUACCCCGUUGAAGGCGGGAAAGAAGCGAUGUGUAUUUUACGCCGUGAUCUCUUCGACACGAAAAUAUGGGACGUGGUCAGCCUGAUUUUGCUCUUCUUGUUGCCUCUCCUUUUGCUGACAAUUUUGUACCUGAGAAUCGCUCAUGUUUUGUGCGCUUCCUCUAAACUUCUUGCCCAAGUUUCCUACUCUGAAACUGGGAAGUUCAUUCGAACGAGCCCGAGACCAUCGGCCUCCGAGACGGGACGUGGGUGCUUCUGUUCCACGAAGCAGGAAUUCCUCUCAACAAUUUCGGUCACGAACGGCAAGCGAGGUUCUCAAGGCAACUCCAACGUAGAAAACUGUCCAGCAUUCAGCCCUGCUUUACUGAACGCAGUCAACAAUACCGCGCCUGCAAAAUCAAAGCGCUUCCAAGGCUUCAAACUCGCCAAGCGAUGGAAGAAAUCUACAUCAAAGCAAUUAGAGCAUCACCAAAAUAAAUUGUGUAGCUUUUGCGAAGAAAAAAAUUUUCACGUGCAGAACAGACACAAUCCGUGCACAGCAGAUGCGUGUAUCCAAAAAGUCAUAAUCCAAGAAAACAGCGCAUCGUAUAGUUCGGUGACCGAGACUGACAUGAGUCAUCACAGGAAAAGUGAACACAUUCACUGCCAUACUACAGCACAAAUUCCAUCAUACAUAGAAGAUAAUUUCCACAAACUUGAAAUACCGAUUAAUGAUGAGAUUUCUCACUGUUCACUGCAAGAAGAAAUAUUUUUGGACUCCCCUUUGGCAGCCGGAGUUCUAAAGCCGCGGUCACAGCAGAGCAUUCCAAGUGCGUUUGAAAGCCGCUGUGCCCGCACGGCUCAGACCGAUCAGCGUAUGAGAAAAAUGAUACCAAGUGAUCGCCUCAGCGUUCGAGGACAUUGUGACCAUUUAGACGAAAAUGAGUUUAGGGCACAGCAUUUGCAUAAUGAGAUGCAGGACAGAGUCAAUUCGUACGGAAGUAAUGCAUCAAGGCAACGGGAACAGCUCAGGAGGACGGCGGUUGUCAUGAGACCAUCGCCAGUCGUGCUGAAAGCCCGCAGAAAAGUAGUACAUAUGCUCGUGCUCGUUGUCGUGAGCUUUGCCAUUUUUUCUUUGCCUUUCCAUGCUCGCAAAAUGAUGCAGUAUUUUUUGCCUAGCUACAACCACACCUCGAAUUUUUCGAUGCUUUUUACUCCGGUCACUUGCCUCAUCAUGUUUGCUCAUUCCGCCGUCAAUCCAAUUUUGUACACCUGCCUCAGCCGCAAAUUUCGAGCGUCCCUGCGAGACUUGUUCAAGUGCAGGCUUACGCGCAGGAGCUCAGCGGGCGUUCCUCGUCAAUUGUGCAACUCCAAGCCGCUGCUUGCCAGACUCAACUCUGAUGGAAGAGUGUCGCUGCAGUUGCAUUAAGAAAAA